AUGACUCGUCUUACAUCAACAUUCCUGGCUCUGUCCAUGCUAUCAAGCACAAUCUCCGCCGAAAGCGUGGCUAGGGUGUGGACACAUUUCUACCCCAACUGUCCUGGCGAUGCCUUCUCCAAGCUCGACACAUACGAAAACUACGAGGAAAAUGCUCCAUCACAAGACAUCACAGUAAAUAGCUGCAAGAACAUUGCCGUCCCCUCAUACGAGCACAGCCUUGUCAGCGCAAUGUCCGUCGAUGCAGAGCUCCUCUCUCACAACCACAACCUACCAUUCUUAUCAGGUGGCAGCGGUUGCAACAUCACUAUUCACGAAGUCCCAGGAUGUAUCGACCCACCAUUGAUCACCAAAGAGAUCCGCAACGGCGUCGCCGUCAGCCAAUGCGAGCAGCGAUCAUUCGCAGCAUACAGCCAAGUCUGGGUAAAUCUCAUCUGCGAUGCAGAGAGCCCACUCCACGAAGAUAAACCAACGCCAAGUAAAGAAGAGCAAAAGCAAGCCGAUACACAACAGGGAAUUCCAACAAACCAGCCUGAUGCUCUCGUGCGCACCGAGAAGCAGACCUCCGUCGAGGAUAUCAAUAACAUCCAGACUCCGGGGUCGAACUCAAACUCAUGGAACUCCCAGGCUAUGAAUAACCACCGUGAGCCUUUGCAGGAGAGUCGGGUGGAAAAUGCCGGUCAUUCGGAGAGCCAGCAGAUUGUGCAUGAGAUGAUGGAGUUGUUGAAGAACAAAACUUCGCAGAUUGUUUCUGGGAAGGACAAUUCCACCCAUCACUUCAAUCUUACUACGGCGGGUAACCGCACUAUGAUGGCUCGUCGACGUUUGUCUGUUUUGCGGAAUCGUGCUGCUCGUCUCAUCUAG